CUUGACGAGCGCGGGGUCAAAACGGUUUCUUGGGCCAAAAAGACUCUAAAUGCCAAGCCUUCAUCGAAGGCCCCCAAUGCGCCACAGACAGUGGCUGGUGAAACGGGGAAGGAGGCGGUGUAACGUGACGUGACGUCGAUGUACAUUUCCUUGUCCGACUUGAGUCCCAUUGGUAGCUCAACCAGAUCCCAACAUUGUCAUCUUACCAUCCAUCAUGAUCCAUCUCCAACAAUGACCGCCUCGGUGAAGUCUGCGACUUGCGACAUAUACGAUCCCAAGGUAAUCCCAGACUAUGACCGAGAAUUCAUCGACCCCGACGACCUGCGCCAAUUUGAAAAUGCGUUAAAUGAUAACGAGACAAGCUCAUUAGUGGCUCUCAACGACUGGCGGCCGGUUUACCAACGAGUUCGCAAGAACCGCAGUCGUCGGAGGAAGCCCAGACGUACCACAGAUGAAACGAGGGAGGGUGUACUUUACACGGUUCUGAAAUGGCCAUUUCUCUUCACGGUGUUUGGCUGGAUUACGGUCCUCGGAUUCGCCUACGCAUUAACUCGCUUCUACAUCGUUCUAUAUGAACAAUGGGUAUCCUGGAGGGGCAAGAAGGAGUCCCUCAGACGGGAACUUUGGAAGCAGACGAAUUACGACGCAUGGCUGAAAGCCGCUCAAGCCCUUGACAACCACCUGGGAAAUCAACAGUGGAAGGAAAUAGACGAAUAUGCGUACUACGAUCACCUUACGAUCAGCAAAUUAGUUAGCCAGUUGAAAAAGGCGCGAACAGAUGUUGAGUCGCAGAUGCAGAAUGAGGGUUCCAGCUUGACGGAGAUGCCCCCGGUGGAGGAACUAUGUGCACUGCUAGAGGGCUGUGUCAAGAAUAACUUUGCGGGCGUUGAAAAUCCCCGGCUUUAUAGCGAGACAUAUUCCGGAACCAAAAACCUUGUGCGGGAAUACAUCGGCGAAGUGGAGAAGUGUAUACAGGUGGUUUCGAACAAUAAGCGACUUAGCAGCGAGGACAAGCAUCAUCAUUUCAAGCACCUGGAUACUAACUUCGGACGAACUGCCCUUUGCUUAUCUGGAGGCGCCACUUUUGCUUAUUACCACUUUGGUGUGGCUAGAGCGUUACUCGAUAACGGAGUCUUGCCUGAAAUCAUUACGGGGACGUCCGGAGGAGCUUUGGUUGCUGCCCUAAUUGCUACCAGAACAGACGAAGAGUUGAAACAGCUACUCGUUCCUGCUCUUGCGCACCGCAUACGGGCAAGUAGUGAAGGCAUCGCUACAUGGAUGUGGCGUUGGUGGCGGACAGGAGCCCGGUUUGACACUAUCACCUGGGCUCGUGAGUGUAGCUGGUUCUGCCGAGGGUCAACCACUUUUAAGGAAGCGUACGAACGAACAGGGCGGAUAUUAAAUGUUUCGUGUGUGCCAUCCGACCCUCAUUCGCCUACGAUUCUGGCCAACUAUUUGACUUCCCCAAAUUGUGUCAUAUGGAGCGCCGUGCUUGCUUCAGCCGCGGUGCCUGGUAUACUGAACCCGGUUGUUCUGAUGACUAAGAAGCGUGACGGUACACUCGCUCCAUACUCCUUUGGGCAUAAGUGGAAAGAUGGCAGCUUGCGCACAGAUAUCCCCAUUCGAGCGUUGAACCUUCAUUUCAAUGUCAACUUCACUAUCGUUUCACAGGUGAACCCCCAUAUCAACCUCUUUUUCUUCAGUUCUCGAGGAUCCGUUGGCCGACCAGUCACACAUCGGAGAGGCCGAGGUUGGCGCGGCGGUUUCUUGGGAUCUGCGAUAGAACAGUAUAUCAAGCUGGAUCUGAAUAAAUGGCUUAGAGUUCUUCGACAUUUAGAACUGUUGCCGCGACCACUUGGCCAGGAUUGGAGCGAGAUCUGGCUGCAAAAGUUUAGUGGUACCAUAACAAUAUGGCCUAAGACCAUCCCAUCCGAUUUCUACUAUAUCCUCUCGGAUCCUUCGCCCGAGCGAUUGGCGCGCAUGCUUAAUGUUGGCCAGCAGAGCGCUUUCCCCAUGAUACAAUUUAUCAAGAACAGGCUCAAAAUAGAAAAUGCUAUCUUGGCAGGGCUACAUCAAAGCUCCCCCACGGUGCCACCGGUGGAGUCCCAUCGGAGUCGCGGUCAUGUUCGUGAAACGUCAGACCCACUAUCUGAACGUCUUGAUCAUAACCUCCCGGAUCGUCAGCCUGACGGCAAAGAGGAUCUAUCGGAUAGCUCAGAAUUUGAUUCUGCUGUGCCGUCCCGGGAUUCAUCUCGUCUACACCCUCCGAGUAGCCGACGCAACAGACGGAGGAGCACGGGAAAUAUAUUCCAGGAGAUGCGCCGACAGUCAGCUGUCUUCUUCGAUGAUUCGGACCUAUACGCAGAAGACGACAAGAAGGCCGACUGAUCGCUCCAUUUCUACUUCUUUUUGCAUUAGAUGUUGUUGGACUGCAUCAUACUACCAGACUCAUCUAGAACAAUAACCACUGUUUCUUUUACUCACUGUACAUUAGUUUACUUAUACCAGGCUUGGAAAGAUCGGCAUGGAUGGCUCUUGCAAAUAUGAUAUAUAUAUUUCUUUGAAGAGCUUGAUCAUAGCCA